AUGGAAAGAUACCAGCUCUGGUCACCAUGGACCCCACUGGAUGAGAACUUGCGAUGGCUGCGGCACACAACACCUACCCUUUCCUCCAAACACCCGUUUAGGGUUUCUCCUUGUUUCCCAAAGAGCCCUUCUGACUUUGAAAUACAACAAUGCUUUCAGGAAGUCUCUGUAGUCUUAGACAGCCCACCGAUGGAAACUGGAGAGAGCCCGGAGUUACCUGGCCAAUUCCCAAAGCAGGAAACCACCACCAAGAAGAAUGAAUUGGUUAGGAAGCCCCAGCCCGUCCGUCUCAUUGGAGUGGAUUCUGUCUUUGGCAGGAUUAUUACAGUCCAGCCACCCAAGUGGACUGGAACCUUCAGAGUUUCAGACCAUUCAGCCUUCAGCAAAAUUAUCAGCAAGGAACAACAGUGGCCCAUUGGUCUCAAGGAGCCUCAGAUUGAGAUGACCAUGGCCAUGUGUAAACAGAUGCUACGCUCGAUCCUCCUUCUGUAUGCGACAUACAAAAAGUGCACCUUUGCCCUGCAACACUCCCAGUAAAGAGUCCCCAUGUGACCCCUGAACUUCACACCACACUCUAUGGUAUGUACCUGGAACUUACACAGAUCUGUCCACGUAACUCAGUCUGUAAUAUCAUGCCUGACAUUUUGCUCCUCUGUCAAGCUGUGACAAUUCCCCACCCUUUCUCUUCAGAAUCAGGGCCAACAAACCUGAGCAAGGAAGAACAUUUCUGUGGAAUGACAUUUAAAAGUUAAACCACCAUGGACAUGGUCAUGUGGUAAAGAACAGUUCAACAAAUCACAUACACCAGACAAUCUAGUGUGAACACAUUCAAGCCCCAAAGAUAAUGAAGAGCUGGGGGCAGAAAAGGAACAUUUUUAAAAAGACAUGCAUGGGCUUUCUGGGUACCAGAAGAUGAAGGAAUCAAAAAUCAAAUCUUUGUGUGGGUUAAGGACUAGUUUGAGAUCAGGCUUCCAUAAUCAAACAGAUAUGACAACAGCAAACCCUAAUACCAACAUGUGUAAAAAUAUUAACAAAUAUUAAUCUUUACAGCCUGGCAAGGACGAAAUUGAUAGCAGCUUCGAGACUGGACGUUUUGGUGGAAGUCAGGAGAGUCCCCAUUU